AUGACAAAUUCCGAUACUGCCAUCACCAUGAGAUCGUCGGCUCGACAGAUUCCAGUCUCUAGGCUCCUCUCCGCAGCGCGAGAGCUCCAGAAAAGCCGUGUAGCCGUUUUACUGAAGCAAGCAGUGCCCUCUUCCUUUCCAAGAGCCCUGCGAUCACGGCUUUGGGACGACCAAGACGACGACCACCACAACAGCAUCAAACUGAACAGCGGACCAACAACAUGGAUGGACGGUCUGCGCGGUUGUGCCGCGCUGGUAGUGUUCAACUACCAUUUCUUCUUCGCCUUCACAGACUCGACAGCAAUCGGAUUGGGUGUGGACGAACAACACCGCUCCAUUGUCGAACUCCCGUUCAUCCGACUGCUCUACGACGGAGCAACGUGCGUGAACAUCUUCUUCGUCGUGGCCGGCUACGUGUGCUCCGCAAAAGCACUCCAACUGAUGACGGCAGGACACAGCCAUGAGAAAGUGCUCUCCAGCCUGAGCAGUUCCGUAUUCAGGCGCUUCUUCCGGCUAUAUCUGCCAGUGAUGUGCAUGACGUUCAUCAGCGCCCUGACGGCAUAUCUGGGCCUCUUUGAAGGUCUCCGCGACAUGAUCGUGCAGAAGGAUGUUUACUUCCGGCCGCAAUUUACCGAGCCGAGUCUGCGGCGCUGCGCCACGCUCGGAGGGCAGCUGCACUUCUGGCUCGAGGAGCUGUACAAACUCAGCGACGUGUGGAGGAUUGGGCCUUUCUAUCCCGAGCAUGAUCCGCAUCUUUGGACGAUCGGCUACGAGGCGAGAAUGUCGAUGCACCUCUACAUUGCUCUCGUGGGCCUUGCGAAGUGCAAGCCUCGCGUUCGACUGUUCGGCCUUAUUGCCUUGGCUUUGUUGUACACUGUGUGGAAUAGAUGGGAAGGCCCACUGUUCUUUCUGGGCGCAGCCCUGGCUCAGUGUGAUGCCAUUGUCAAUCAUCACCCUCGUGUCGUUGCCCGGAAACAACAGGAAGCACCAUUACUCAAUCACGACCAGCUCCCCAGCUCGCCCACGACCCAGUCAACAAGAACUACGCACGCUGCCAUAAGCCGACGAGCCCUUCGCUGCGCGGCCUAUAUCUUCGCGCUGUAUCUAAUGUCCUACCCCAUAAGCGGCUGGAAGAAACCCGCUCCCGGCUUCGUGUGGGUCAACGGCUUCAUCCCAGCAUUCUACUCCCGCAAGGAGAAAUUCCCUAAGUCGAUUGGCGUCCUCUUAUUUGUGACACUACUACACACCAGCCGGAACCGCAUCGGAUCUCCAGACUCAGACUCGCCGAAUGGCCCUUGGGCCUCAGCCUCGUUCUGGCAUCGUGUAUUCACAAGCCGCUUCGCGCGGUAUCUCGGCGAGCACAUGUUCGCACUGUAUCUGGUGCACGGGACAGUGCUGCACGUGGUCGGGUACGGGAUUCCUCAUCUCGUGUGGGGAGUUAUCGGCGGCCGACAGGGCGCAGUUCGCUGGCUGGCCGGUGUUGUGGUUGGGUGGACCGCCAGCCUGACUUUAUGCCUCCUCGUGGCUGAGCUGUUCACACGACAGGUCGAUGCUCGGUGUGCCCGCUUCAUAAAGCGGCUAGAAGGCUUUUGCAUGCAAGAUGAUUGA